AUGGAUGACAGUAGAGAGAGAGUGGACAUGGUUGGUAGCUGCGGUGUUGGCAGAGUAAAACAAAGCAGGUGGUGGCAUGCAGCGGCGACGAAGACGAAAGAUCUUGUAGAGAGAGAUUCAACGAUUGAAUUGCAAGUCCACCUCAUUUUAGCACAAGGGAGGCCAAACUCUGCCCAUACAAGAAAUAUAGAUUGCAUGGAGGAAAUUGAAAAGGUGUUGCCCACAUAA